AUGGCUGUCGAGAUAAAUCCAGCAGGAAAAGAACACACGGAGCUAGCUCGACUAUGGAAGGAUGCAUUCCAGGCCUACAACGAUGCGGUAGGAGAAAAAGGCCUGAAACUCGACCUCAACGGUGGUCAUCUCGUCACAAGCUUGGCUGAUGUCGUGGGUGCCGUGGACACGUCCAAAGGAUCGUUUCAGAAGUGGCGAAACAACGGUGGAAACUGGGGCAAGGCAGUCCACUUCACCGGCAAGAACCUUGACUAUGCCCAGAGAAUCGGCGACCAGAUUGCUUCUUCUGCUACUGCCGCGUUUCCUCCCGCCAGCGCGAUUUGGACUGCUCAGUCUAAGGACUAUGACCAGUUACUAAGCCUUAUCGGAGAAGCUGGGUCUUUCUUAAAGACGCUCCAAAUCAUCGAGGACAAUUUCCCCGACUGCGACUGUUAUGCGGAAUGUGUUACAGAUGCAUUCACCUCCCUCAUGGUCGUCUUUGCCAUCCAGACGAAGUACAUGUGGGAAGGAAGGCCGUUGAAGUUCUUGCAUACUCUCGUUCAAGGAAGCGGCGACGCCAAACUCAGUGCAGCCUACGGCGAUGUUACCACUGCCAUCUCUCGCCUGAGUCGCGCGAAUGGCUUGAUGACUGUGAGAAACACCCAGGACAUUAAGACAUUAAUGGGAACUCUUGGAGAGAAGGUUGAUUUCAUUCACGAGGAAAUGGUUGUCUACUUUCAAGACCAAGGCCGACGGAUCGAAGCUGGAUUUGAGCUGCAGGAACUAAAUUUCCAGCAACAGCAUGCCUCACUGGCCAGCAUUAAACGGAGUAUCAAAGAGCUGAGGAGCCAACUGGCCCAGGAUAAUAACGCCGAGGCGACUGCCCAGCUCGAAAAAGACGUCGCGACCGGGAAGUCAAUGGCACUGAACGUGGCAAAACAGUUUUUCGGGACACCUCCAAACCCCUUGGCCAAAUUCAAAGAGCUGCGUCGCUCUUUCGUAGCUGGCACUGACUCUUGGCUCUAUGAAGACAAGAAGUACCAAGAAUGGCAGAACGGCGAGACCAAUUUCCUCUGGAUUACGGGCGAACCAGGAUUGGGUAAGACACAUCUGGCCUACUCAAUCAUCGAAUCGCUCCGAAGAAAGACGAACAAUGACCCGCAAUCCUCAGUCGCUUAUUACUUCUUUCAGGAAUCAAACGAGCCUUUCAGGUCUGUCAAGUCGGCUCUCCGAUCAAUCGGUCUACAAGUCGUCAACCAGAACCACAAGCUCCGUGAGAAACUUGCCAGCGUAGCGUCCGAAGUGUCUUGUGUAACAUGGUCACUUUUCAACAUCUGGCAAUGGACAAUCGACCUACUAUAUAAAGAACCGUCGAAUGACCGACUCUUCCUCGUCAUUGACAGCCUUGAACAAGCAAAUCCAGAUGAGGCUAAUGAGCUCCUUGCUUACAUGGAAGGCACCGUCGACUCCAAACAGAAGAUUAAGGUAGUUUUUACCGGAAACGACUCCGAGAUACUGUCGAUGUGGCGUGAGUAUCGUGUCACCAAACAUCUGGCCACUAUUUUGAUCGAUCCAAGUACUGCCCAGAGCGGUAUCAUGAAGUUACUUGACUCUAGGUUUGAGUCGCUUCCUCGGUUGUCGAGAUUCAGUGACUAUGCGAAGGCAGAGAUUGCAAAAGCCAUGGAAGUCAGGAAAUACGGGCUUCAAUACACUGACAGGAUUUUACAAUACCUUGACUGCAAGGGCCUUGAGCGUCCAGCCAUGAGAUCUCUAACCGAACUUCCAGGAGGCCUGCCUUGUUUCUACAACAAUGUGCUAACCACGUGCUCUCAUGAUUUGAAAGAGCAGGAGAGGUCAGCACUGAAACUCCUAUUCGCUUGGAUAGCUUUCGCAGAACGCCCACUCAUCCUUGAGGAGGCGUACAGCUUACUUAAAUUGAAGCUCGGAAAGUCGAUUGAUCUCGAGAUGGAAGUAACAGGAAGAUCUUCAAGCAUCCUGGACAUGUCCAGCACUCUCGUCUGGGAGGAGCGUAUACAAGAAAUGCAACGGAAGGCAGUGGUUCAGAAGGACUCCAACGUUGAGAGCACAUCUGAUGGCGGAGCUGACAAGUUUCUGUGUCGCGACAAAUACCAGCCGGAUAGCUCGCUUCUCGUUCAUUUCCAGGACAACACACUUCGUGAAUACAUGCGGGCAGCAAACGUCUCCAACAGCACCCUACAGACAUCACCGCUUCUAUCCCAUGUUGAUAUUUUCACCACUUGCGCAGAAGUGCUCUGUAGCCCUGAAGAGCCAGGAGCAUCGGAGGAAACUGAAGCAAGGCAAAUACUCGAAAAAUACGCGGCGAAUUACUGGAUGGCUCAUUUCAAACAUAUCAUCGAUAUUGCUACAUCUAAGAAGGAUGGUCUAGAGGGCGAAACUUAUACCAUUUCUGCCCCCGACGACCUUGUCGUACGAGUAAUGCAAUGCUUCAGUAUCAUCUCUUCGAACAAAAAUGAUGUUGUGAAGAAACUGUUACAGCAUGAAGCAGGAAUAUGCUACGAUGACUUCGACGAGGGAGUGCCUUAUGAUAUCAAACUCUGGGCACAGAAGGCCAUCGAAUGCUCGCAAGAUUUGUUGGAUAAAGAGAUGAGGCUUUGGGCGCAGAGAGCCGUUCAAAAUCCAGCCCAAGUUUUGCAGCCCCUCGCCCGUGGCCACCGCGAGCUUGAUAUUGGUCCUCUGCCUGAGGAAAAAGACGACUCAUGGUUCUACAAGGAGAAUGAUGCCGAAGACAGCGAAGAUGAUGACGACACUUCUGAAGAGGAAGACAUACCUUCUCGCGAACAAGAACUAAUUUCUGCUUUUGAAGAUGUCGAAGUCGGGCCGUCCGGCUACAGAGCCAUGGGCUUGGCGCUCCUUUCUGAGUGGCCAUUUGAUGCCCUAGAGCAAUUCACUAAGAGCCUGAAACUUUGUAAAACUGAUAAUGACAUAUUUGCCACGCUCUCUGUCAUGGCCGGGUGCCUCCAGCACAUUGACGAUCAGGACGAAGAUGCUUAUGAUAUGGCGUGCCAGGCACUCGCUCUCGACCGCUCCUGCUUGAACAAAGAGUACGAUGACCUGCUUCACACUGCACUUAUUGUAAGGGCCACCUAUGAGUCCAGCCACGACAUGCUCGAAGACGCCGUCAAGUCGCUGGAGGAGGCCAUGACAGUCCGACACGAGGAUAUCCUCACCAAAAUUGUGGACUGGGGUCCAAUGCGACUCGCCGUGACUGCUGAGGACUGGGAUCAGGUAAACUUGUGGUAUCAGAAAGCGGCCAUGCAGACAGGACAAGAGCAUGUCAUGAUCAAGACGUACGAACUCUUGGUUCAGGAACUUGCACCUUUUGAGUGGGCAUCACCAACGCGGUACCAGUUCGCGCUUGGCUGCCGCCGCAGCAUUGGCGAUGUGGCCAAGGCUAAGAGCUUGUUGUAUGAGAUCCUGGAUGCAGACAAUUGCAUCGAUCCGGCCACAGAUACCAUCUCCGACAGCAUUCCUUACCUCACCCGCCGGGAGCUCGCUGAAAUACGCGAUUCACUUGCCGAAAUCGAAGGUCUCGCGGGACGGAAACUGGGAAACGCCCAUCUCACGUCCGACCUCGAGUCCAAUUAUCUAAAGAGACCUGAAGCCACCAUCCUCGCACGAAUGUAUCGUCGCUUCGGGCCGCUGGACAAGUUCGAAGAGACGUUGACGGAGGCGUUCAACGACUGCUUGGUGAGCCUCAAGGACCAGAACCCAUGGAACGAUUCGGAUACUUUGCGUAAGCUGUGCAACGUGCUCGCAUGUCUCCCAGGUUUGCAGCGUGAAGCUGCGAUCGCCCUGAGCGCUCAAUUCUAUCAUCUAGACAAGGAGCUGAUGAUCAAAAGCUUGGACCUCAUUUCAAGAAAGAAAGAGAACGACGAGGGUAUCGGUAUAGAGGAUGGCAGCGAUGGAGCGUGGGAAGACACCAACGAUGAUGGUGAAGUGCAAGACGGCGAUGACAAUGCUGCAGAUUCCAAUCACAAAUAUCUCGACAACGAUACCAUCGACGAAUUUGACAUCACAGGCCACCGCGGCAUCCGUUGUGGCGGUUAUUGCCUCGAUAAUCCUGGCGAUAUCACGAGCUGGAACCAGACGGCUAUGUAUCGCUGCGUUAUUUGUACUGACUGUGAUUGGUGUGAGGCGUACUAUUUAAAGCGCAUCUACAAUAGUGGCAGUCCCGAUGGCGAAAGAUGGAGAACGUAUUGUGGUGGCCAUCAUGAAUUUAUUCGAGCUCCUGUUGAGGGUUGGAUGGGAAUUAAGAAUGGAAAGAUUGAAAUGAAGGACGAGGAGCCCGAAGAGUUCCGGGAGUGGCUGGGACGCCCAGAGAGGGAGAAGUGGCCGAGGGCUUGGCAGGAGUUUUGGGAGGGAUAA